UUCUUCAGGGAGAUGGAAAUGCAAGAAGAGAAAGAGAAGAGCCCUCCAAUGGAGGCUUCUGGGCAGAGCUCCGAUCAGUUCUACGAGAAGCUUACCAAGUUAUACGAGUUAUCUGGGCUCUGUCUGCUCUUCGAUUUCCGGAAAACAAUCUUGGAUCUGCAUCUGUUUUACAAUGAAGUUACUGCAAGAGGAGGAUUCCACCAGGUAAGUAAAGAUGGAAAAUGGGAUGAUCUUGUGUCUGCAUUAAACUUAAACAGUAGCAUUCCCGAGUUGCCUCUUCAACUUCAAAAGCUCUAUGCAAAUGUUCUAUACAAGUUUGAGCAUAUGUACUUCUACAGGACAUCAGCUGCAGCUUCAGAUGAUACAGUUGAUGUUGGAGAGAGCUCAACGAGGAAGUGGAAGCAUUCUGACAGUUCUCAAUUGUCGGUUGAUAAUUCUACUAUUGAGGAUGGUCCCAUGGGGAAAAGGAAGUGCAGUAACAAUUCUGGCCAGUUAACAGGUUGCAGGAAUGCAGAUUUGAGGCUGGCUCCCCCAAUCUCUUCAAAGACUAGAGAAACAAAGAAAGAUCCGAAUGCUCCAAUAGGGCUAAGAACUGCAUACCAGAUCUUCUUGAGGAAGGAAUGUUUGAGGUUGAAAAUGUUGCAAGGAGAGAACUUGAGAACGAUCCACGGUGCAAAUGUCCGGGAUCAGGCAAUUGAUGCAUGGAGGUAUCUUUCCGGGAAUGAUCGACAGCCAUACAUUGAGGAAAGUAGGAAGGACAAGGAAAGAUACAAGCAGGAAAUGGCCAUCUACAAACUAUCUCGACAGAGUGGGGAAGAUGCGAAAGCAAAUGCAAACAAAAAUGACAUGCCCCCGAACACAGAUGGUGACUACCAUGUGACUUUGCCACCUUAUACAAGCCCUUCCCUGGCCGAUGAAUCCAUGGCUGAGAUAACCACCGGAAUGAUGAAAAAUGCACUGCCAAACGACCCCUUGUUUCAUAUCAACUGGGAUGACUAUUGUGGAUCACUUGAUAUACCCACUUGAAGGGUUCAUUUGACUAAGAAGAUGGGUAGUGUAUCUUUUUGGUUGGUAGGAUAUGUAUAUAUGGUAAUGUUUGUGUAUACCCUUGAUGGAAAAGGGCCAUUAGUACUUUUUUGGCAGGCCAUGGCUCAUGUUUGUGUAUGUGGUAAUGUUUUUUUGUAGCCCUGCUUGUAUAGUUUUUGGUUCAUUUUGUGUAGGGUUAAAACAAAAGUUCUCGAGGAAUUUGUGAUGUAAAUGUGUGGUUUUUUGUUCUCAUA